AUGACUCUGAGACAAGGACAGACCCAACCACAGAACCUGGAGAUGACUCUGAGACAAGGACAGACCCAACCACAGAACCUGGAGAUGACUCUGAGACAAGGACAGACCCAACCACAGAACCUGGAGAUGACUCUGAGACAAGGACAGACCCAACCACAGAACCUGGAGAUGACUCUGAGACAAGGACAGACCCAACCACAGAACCUGGUGAUGACUCUGAGACAAGGACAGACCCAACCACAGAACCCUGUGAUGACUCUGAGACAAGGACAGACCCAACCACAGAACCUGGAGAUGACUCUGAGACAAGGACAGACCCAACCACAGAACCUGGAGAUGACUCUGAGACAAGGACAGACCCAACCACAGAACCUGGAGAUGACUCUGAGACAAGGACAGACCCAACCACAGAACCUGGUGAUGACUCUGAGACAAGGACAGACCCAACCACAGAACCCUGUGAUGACUCUGAGACAAGGACAGACCCAACCACAGAACCUGGUGAUGACUCUGAGACAAGGACAGACCCAACCACAGAACCUGGUGAUGACUCUGAGACAAGGACAGACCCAACCACAGAACCUGGAGAUGACUCUGAGACAAGGACAGACCCAACCACAGAACCUGAACCUGGAGAUGACUCUGAGACAAGGACAGACCCAACCACAGAACCUGGAGAUGACUCUGAGACAAGGACAGACCCAACCACAGAACCUGGAGAUGACUCUGAGACAAGGACAGACCCAACCACAGAACCUGGAGAUGACUCUGAGACAAGGACAGACCCAACCACAGAACCUGGAGAUGAGUCUGAGACAAGGACAGACCCAACCACAGAACCUGGAGAUGACUCUGAGACAAGGACAGACCCAACCACAGAACCUGGAGAUGACUCUGAGACAAGGACAGACCCAACCCCAGAACCUGGUGAUGACUCUGAGACAAGGACAGACCCAACCACAGAACCUGGUGAUGACUCUGAGACAAGGACAGACCCAACCACAGAACCUGGAGAUGACUGAGACAAGGACAGACCCAACCACAGAACCUGGAGAUGACUCUGAGACAAGGACAGACCCAACCACAGAACCUGGUGAUGACUGA